AUGACCCUGCGAUCGUAUGUGCAGCUUGGUAUUCGGAUCCUGAAGCAGCAAGCGAAGGAAAUCAAAGAGAUCUGGGAAGACAUGGAUAUCUAUGUUGAAAGGCGCACCGCGUACUACAUAGCCUCGCAUGUCAACCCAUAUCCAUCUGACCGCGUCCUGGAUGAGUGCCGAAAUACAGCAAGGAAAGCUUAUAGAUCACGAGGGAAGCGCCGGAAAGAAGAGGCAGCGAAGCUAGAGGCCCAGGCAGACAUGUGGGAGAAGUGGCUUGCCUCAGGCGCCAUUUUGCACGACGAUCCUGGCGAAGGCACCUCCUCCGUGACAGGAGCAGCUCAACAAGUCGCGGAAUCAAUGCCUACGGCACAUCGCCCAGGCAUUCGCGCUCGCGGCAGACCGAGAAAGCGACAGAGAGUCGAAACCACGGCCACUGCUGUUCCGAGUGACCCACUUGUGAGCGGUACUCCCCCCGCCGCUGCGCAGACGGGCUCGCUCAGCGGAACAGUGCUUGGCAGCACUGUUACAUUGGAAAGGUUGGGCUCAGUAUCCUACGCCCAACUAGCCGUUGACGCAUUGACGCGUGAGGCCAGCUACCUAUUGUACAGAUGGGGGAACGAGAAGGGGUAUGUUCGAGCUUUCGUUGCAGAGAACCUGCAUCGUGGAAUCACCAGAUCUCCGGGUCAGGCGCAAGUCAGGAAGUGGAUCGGCCGGGCGCAGAGCACUUAUGACUGCCUCGGGCAAGCCCACGUCCAACAAGCUGCCAGCUUGAUCAAUAUCGCCAAUGAUAUACGGAGGAAGGCUGCAGCAGCAGGAAUCGAGAUACGAAGCGCUCAGGAAACCAGGACGCAUGGACCGCCAUCUUCUGAUCAUCUCGCAGCUCCACAGGCCGAGGGCCUCUCAAGCGGUGCGUGCGUCAAAUCUAUCCAGACGCUGCAGCCUCCCAAGCUCCAACCCGUAUGA